UAUCCUAAGUUUAAACAAACAUUUAUUGAUAAAAUUCAGUAGGGGCCUAUUAGAUUUGUAAAUUAUGAAGGCUUAAAGCAGUGUGCAACUCCAUCUAUAAAUUUUAUUAUUCUACAUAACAUAAAGAUGGAGGAUAAUUUACAAUGCAAAGGAUCACCUAGUAGUAAAUCUAGUAGAACACAGCCUGCUCCUGGUGUUCUAUCACAACUACAAAAUGAUAAAGCCUACAGAUGGAGGGUUACACAAACUUUCCUGUUAUCAUUAUCUUAUUUCACUUUGGGUAUUAUUUUAGGUCAACAAGGGCCAUCAUUUUUAGACCUGCAGAUUAUCACAGGGACUGAUGUUGAGACUGCCUCUUCAUUUUUUACUGCUGCAUCAUUUGGUUACAUGGUGGGAUCUUUCAUCAGUGGCUUUGUACAUGGCAAGGUUAAAAACAAUGUGAUAAUGGUCAUUAUCAAUGUAGGGGCUGGAGUUAUGGCUAUCAUCACACCUCACUGUUCACCUUUUGUUCUCAUGCUGAUAAUCAGAUUUUCUACUAACAUGUUCUGUGGAGGUAUAGAUACCAUUGUGAAUGCUGAGCAUAUACGUAUAUGGGGAAGUGAUGGUCAACCACUUCUACAAUUUAUACAUUUUACAUAUGCUUUAGGAGGGGUUCUCACACCAUUGUUUACAGAGCCCUUCCUAGCAGAGAAAGAAACAGGGAACAGUACCAGUAGAACAUAUGGUGAACCUACAAUUUUUAUGAACUCAACAAGUCAGUGGAAGCAAGAAAAUACAUCCAACAUAACAUGGUUAGCUACCAAUGGUACCAUGUUGGUAAAAGCAAGAACUACAAAUGUUCAUUAUGCAUUUAUUAUAUCUGGCUUCAUUGCUAUACUAACUUCUUUUCCUUUUAUAUAUCUAAGUUUUAUAGAAAAGUCUACUGAACAAAACUCUGUAGAGAAAUACACUCAAAAGGUUCACAGUAGAAAACUUCCUAAACAUCUUACAGUCCUGUUAAUCUUUGCUAUAUCUUUCUUCUAUUUAGUUUAUUGCUCUGUGGAGGAUACAUUUGCAUCAUUCCUCAUGACUUUUGUUGUUACUGAAUAUGAUGAAGUUUCUAAGUCAAAAGGUGCUUACAUAACUACUUUUUACUGGGCCUCCUUGGCUGUGGGCAGAUUUCUCAGCAUUUUUGUGUCAAAAUAUGUCAUAGCUGUGAAAUUAAUUAGUUUAUACACAUUCCUAAUGGUAAUAGCUUUUUCAUGUUUUACAAUAAGUGCUUUCUUUGCACAGAUUGAUGCAAUCACAGUUUUUGCUGGCAUGGCUGGUAUUUCCAUGUCUGCUGUUUUUGCUGCUGGGUUUUCAUGGACAGAAUCAGAACUUCUUAAAGUUACUGGUUGGGUUUCGUCUUUCAUUCUUAUUGGGAGUUCUACAGGUAUGAUGAUCAACCCACUUAUCAUUGGUUAUCUUAUGGAAGAAGUUUCUAACAUGUGGUUCUGUUAUGUUUUGUUGUUACAAACAUUUGUAGUUUGCAGUAUCUUCUUAUUUCUCCUGUUAUUUAACAGAUGUUAUCUCAACAAAGUUUAUGGAAAAGUUGGAGAUAGUAGAAAUUUAGAGAUAAUCGUGGAGACUCCACUUCAAGAAACAGAUACGUUUCUAGAGAGUGAUUUGAAAACAUUAGAACAAUUUUCCAGUAUCAGUUUAACAACAUGAAAAGAAAAUUAUGUUUUUAGUUUGAUUUUUAAAAACAAUUUAAUAAUUUUUCUUUGUCUUUGUUGUCAUCUUCAGUACAGGAGUCGCUAUUUCUUUUCAUACUUUUAAAUCCUUUGCUUUGAUUUCAUUCUCCUUUCAAAUAAUUUAAUAGUUAAUAAUAUUCCUCACGUUACUCAUGUUGCCAUACCCAUUUCAUGCAUCACCUUAAUGUUCCUGUUGCCAAGCUGGUCUUUCUCUUAGAAAAGUUUAAGCCUGCUGUUCAGUUUUUUCUAUAUGUUUUCUCAUAAAUAUUUCCCCUUUCCUUCAUGGCUGUUGACAUUGUACAUUAUUGUAAGGUUUUUCUUCAGUCACAAUGUCUUUUUGUGACAAAACUUGUUACUCAAUUUUGACCCGGUUCUAAUGCAGUAUAUGCAUUUUUACUACUUUCCAUAUUAAUUUGUAUACCAUUACAAUGCAAAAACAUCUAAUUUUCAUUCUAAUUUUAUAUUUAAUUAGUCAUUUCAAAUUCAUGUAUAAAUUAGCAAAAAGUAUAAAUGGGGAGGCAAACUGAUACAUUAGUAGCAAUAUCUGAUCAUUUAGACGUGAUGUAUUCAUUGAUGUUUUCAUAUAUGAGAACCAAACAUAGACUUAGCAGGGGCAGGUCAUUGUUGUUUAAAACUAAUGUGGAUGUUGGCUUAAUUAAAAUUAACCGAAUGAAAAUAAAAAUAUAUAAACGUACUCAUAAUGCUUAUUAUUAGAAACAUUUCUAAAUACAGGUUUUAUUCUAUUAUAAAUAAGGCAGAAUAAUCAAAGCAACAAGGAUUUAAUGUCAUAUGUGGUAUCUAUAUUUAAGAAGAAUGUUUUGUUAUAUUAAUGAAGUGUAUGCACAAUGCAGGAUAAUGUGAUAUUGUAAAUUCAACUUAAAGUAUUUAUAAGGAACCCUAAUUUGUGGUAAUGUAUUUUUAAAAUGAAUUAUGUUUAAAUAAAACAUGACCAAAUUUUUUGUCAAGUUGAUUAUGUAUGUGAUGAAGGAUUAUGCUAGAGGUUAUAGUUAUAGUGCUUUUUUCUGUUUUGUUUUAAAUAGUACCAAUAUAACAAAACUGCUUAAAUUCUCC